UUAUCGAGUGUGAAAAAUUGAUGAUGCUUCACAAAGUGGUAGAAGCGAUUGGAAAAUCAAGAUGCCUUUGCAACUUUGAAGGGCGAUUCAAAAUUUAAGAUGAAGAGAUGCUUCGAAUGAUGGUAGAAGCGAUUCCAUAAAUUAGAUGCCUUGUCACGGUUGCAGGGCGAUUCGUAAAUUAAGAAAAUGGACUAGAGAAUGAAAUUCGGAGUGCCUAGCCAAAAAGCAAGUCCGAGUUUUGAAGAAGAACUAACAAGUGAAAUUUGUAUUGGCAGGAAAUGGAAAACGAGCAACGUGAAUCUCAAUCUUCCAACGAAGAAGUGUUCUUGCCUAGCGAGGAAACCAUCAGUCAGCCGGGAACGGUCUACAUCAUUCAAGAUGGAGACCUUGAAAAGACGAUGGGUGCCCGCAACCACGCGACCACCCGCAUUUUGUCCAUAGUGAAUACUAUCCAUCACUAUGAGGGAGACGUGAGCAUGCUGAAAACCCGAAGAAGCAUGCUGCAAGAUACUUACAAAGCAUACGACCAAGCUCAAAGUCGGUUGGAGCAAUGGUCAACUGACGAAUUCCAAAACAGGGAGGAUACAGAAUUCAAAUACGUGACCGGCUUAGCUGAAAUUGACAAAGCAAUUGAAAGUAAUAAGGCCGCUCAAAACUCCGGCCAUGAUUUGGUCCGGCUACCUACCGUCGAUUUGCCGUUAUUUUCAGGCCAAAUCGAAGAUUGGCUUGAGUGGAGCGACAAAUUUAACAACUUAGUUCACCGACGAGCAUCUCUCGCGGACGUUCAAAAAUUUGAAUACCUAAAACUGUCGCUGAGAGGCCCCGCGCUGAAUAUCAUAGACUCGCUUCCAACGACUUCCGCCAACUAUGUGGUGGCAUAUGAGCUACUGGAAGAACGAUACAACAACACAAAGUUGCUGAUUCAAAAACACAUGAAGGACCUGUUCGAAUUGGAACCAACACGAGAGGAAUCUGCUAAAUCGUUGAGAAACCUUUUCGACAAGGCAAGAAAACACUUGAGAUCGCUACGCAUCAUGGGGCAACCAGUGGAAGCAUGGAAUGCGGUUCUUAUCCACCUCAUGGCCAAUAAGUUGGAUAACGCUACACGACGAGAGUGGGAAUCAACUACUUCUGGAACAAUUCCCCCGACAUAUGACAGUCUGGAAGCGUUCAUUACCAAAAGAUGUCAAAUGUUGGAAGUUUUACCGAAAAAACGUCACGUCGUGUCAGAAACAACUACCUGCUACAAGAAACCCCGAAUGGAACUGAAGGUGCUCACGUCGAACCAAGAAAAACGUAAAAAUUGCCUUGUAUGUGAAGAAGAUCACUCCCUCAACAGAUGCAACAAGUUUCUUUCGAUGGGCCUGGACGCAAGAAUCAAAACGAUAAAACGACACGCCUUAUGUUUCAACUGCCUGCGAAGCAACCACACCGCAGAUACCUGCAGAAGUUCGGGGUGCCUCAAAUGUGGACGCAAACAUAACACAAGCAUUCAUCGUGAGCAAAGGGACUUUGGGAAUCACCGUCAAAUAGAUCCAUCUUCAAAAUAUUUAUCUAAAUCUUGGGAAACUUUACUGCCAACGGCUGUUAUUCGAAUUAUGACAGAAGAUAGAGGUUGGGUGACUGGAAGAGCUCUCCUGGAUUCGGGGUCUCAAACGAAUGUCAUCUCAAAAUCCUUCCUUGAAUUCUUAGGAGUCAAACCAGAACGAACGUUUAUUCAAAUCGCUGGAUUUGGACAACAAGCUCUACCGAUAAAAGCAAAAACAGAUAUUUAUAUUGCCGCCCGACACAAUGUUUACAUGAAGAAAAUUGCAGCAUACGUUACAGAAACUAUAACCGGACCGACCCCCCCGCGAAAUAUUGACAUAGAUGGUUGGAAUUUGUCCAAUUAUUAUCUGGCAGAUCCAGAAUUUUUCUUAAGUCGUCCUGUAGACAUAUUAUUAGGAGUGUCAAUUUUCUUUGAUAUUCUCAAAAAAGGUAACGACAAGAUUCAUCAAAAUUUACCGUCAAUUCAGAACACUUCGCUUGGCUGGGUUGUUGGCGGUACACUUAGCAAACUUGCACCCAUGAAAAGCGACAACUACGACAUUGAGAAAGUCUUACUGAUCAAGCAUCAUAAUUGGACAGAAGAAGAAUUAGAAUGUGAAAAGUUGUUCAAAGAAACUACUAAGCGAGGAUCUAAUGGGAGAUUCAUUGUUAGACUACCCUUAAAAGAGAAUGUUAAGAAAUUGGGUUCAUCGAAGGAAACAGCCCUAAGCCAAUUUUUGAAAUUGGAAGUUCGAUUCCUUAGAGACCCUAAACUCAAAUUGGAUUACUGUGCGUUUCUGAAGGAAUACCUGGAUAUGGGCCAUAUGGAAGAAAUAACUGAUAGAGACAUUGAUCCUGCAAAACCCACGUUUUAUUUCCCUCACCACCCAGUAAUACGCCCGGAAAGCAGUACAACUAAACUACGUACAGUGUUCAAUGGAUCUGCUGUUACGUCAAGCGGAAUGUCGUUAAAUGACACUUUGAUGAUUGGUCCCAACAUACAACAAGAACUUUUUUGUAUAUUGAUAAGAUUUCGAUGUCCGAAGUUUGUAUUAACAGCAGAUAUCAAAAAAAUGUUUAGACAGGUCGAAAUUGACAAAGCCGAUAGACAGCUGCAGUUGAUACAUUGGAGAUUCUCACCAGAUGAACCGGUCAAAACAUUCAGUUUAAAGACGGUGACUUAUGGCACUAGUUCGGCACCAUUCACUGCAGUUCGUUGCCUGCAACAAUUAGCAGAAGAAAAUAGAGAAAGUCAUCCCGAAGCAUCAAGGGUUAUCAUGGAGGACGUGUAUAUGGAUGAUCUUCUAACUGGACAUAAUGAACUUGAUAAACUAAAACAGUUGCAGCGACAAUUGAUGCACAUCUUGAGUACUGCUGGAUUUGAAUUGCAUAAGUGGGGUUCGAAUGAAAAGAGCCUUUUGCCCGGACAAAAUGUGAUCCCUGUCACUAAAAUUUUAGGUCUACUUUGGGACUCUCACGCUGAUAAGUUCAGUUUUAGUAACCAAGUGAUCGACAAUUUGACUGCUACGAAACGCCAGGUACUGUCUGAAAUACAAAAGGUGUUUGACCCGUUAGGACUCCUCUCACCUAUUAUCAUAAAUGGAAAACUGCUAAUGCAGGAAUUAUGGGAAUCGAAAUUAGAUUGGGACCAACCACUUCCAAAGGAGUUGGAGGACAAAUGGAACUGGUUUAAAAAACAGAUAUAUGAAAUCAAUCACAUUAGUAUUCCGAGACAUGUGCCAUCGGCAGGGGUUUUAGUUGAGUUACAUGGGUUCUCAGACGCUGCCAAACCGGGCUACGGAGCUGCAAUUUACGUCAGAGUAGAUAACGGAAAUAACAUUUUGUCUCAUCUACUCUGCGCUAAGUCUAGAGUUUCACCAGCAAAAUCUAAGCAGACGAAUCAAGACGAUACCAUACCAAGAAAGGAAUUAAGAGCCGCAUCGUUACUGGCAGAUCUGAUGCACAAGAUAAAGCAAACUAUUUUGUUUCCGAUUCAAGGUAUUUAUUAUUGGACGGACUCAAUGGUUACUUUGGACUGGAUCAACAAACCAGCACAUGCUUGGCCAACAUUUAUUGCGAACAGGGUAACAUCAAUACAGGAAAAAACAACUAUUACGUGCUGGCAUCAUGUGAGAUCAAAAGACAAUCCUGCGGAUCUCAUCUCCAGAGGGGUGUCAUCGAAAAAGUUAGCAUCCAGUGCAUUAUGGUGGUCAGGUCCUGAGUUCCUGAAGGGAACAGGCGAAUCAUGGCUUCCAAUGCCAAGAACACUUCUCGUAGACAUCACGGCUCCUUCUGCAAAGGCGGAACCAUCAAGCGAGACUUUUUUGUUGGAGAGGUUCUCGACUUACACUAAAACCCUGAGAAUUACUGCAUACUGUUUAAGGUUUGUCUACAACACCAAAAAACAGAAUAUUGUAAAACGUGUCGGAACUCUUGCUCUACAAGAAUUGAGGGAGGCUGAAAUCUUACUUAUUCAAUUUUCUCAAGAACGAGCAUUCAAGCUGGAAAGAGAAUUAUUGCUUAACAAUAAAGCUAUCCCACGUUCAAGUCCCUUAUUAACCUUAAACCCAGUCAUUGAUCGUGACGGCAUCAUUAGAGUUGGAGGGCGUAUACAAGCUGCAAGAGUGACUUUCGACCAAAAACACCCAAUAAUUCUCCCAGCGAAAUGUGUUCUAUCAAAACAGAUUGCCAAACUUUACCAUCUCAAAAAUCUGCAUAUUGGACCUCAAGGGCUUCUUUACUCCUUGAGAAUGAAAUAUUGGCCUAUUCAUGGAAAAAAUCUAGCUCGACAAGUUGUGCACCAAUGCUUAACUUGCUUCAAAAACAAACCAAUCGGAAUAACUCAAGUCAUGGGCCAGUUGCCAGCAGCUAGAAUCAAUGAAGCAAGAACUUUCAAAACUUGCGGUGUUGAUUUUGGUGGACCGUUCACUAUCAAGGAGAAUUUGAUAAGAACGAAGAAGUUCUUAAAGGUCUACGUUGCAUUGUUCAUCUGUUUCAGCACUAGAGCUGUUCAUUUAGAACUAGUGAGUAGUCUUACUAGUGCUGCCUUCAUUGCUGCUCUACGGAGAUUCUUUGGGCAAAGGGGUCGAAGUUCCGUAAUCUAUUGCGAUAAUGCAACCAAUUUUACAGGAGCUAGUCACGAAAUCGCCAGGAACGCUAAGGAAUUGGAAUAUCAGCUUGCUCCCGAAAUAAGUAUGUUUUGUUCGACAGAAGGAGUUGAGUUCAAAUUUAUACCCCCUCGGUCCCCAAAUUUCGGGGGCAUUUGGGAAGCUGGUAUAAAGAGCGUAAAACAUCACAUAAAAAGAGUACUCGGAUCAUCGAUCCCGACCUAUGAAGAAAUGUUGACUCUACUGAAACAAAUUGAGGGCGUUCUGAAUUCAAGACCAAUCUCACCAAUGUCCGCGGAUCCCUCUGAUCCAAAUCCAUUAACGCCAGGACAUUUCCUUAUAGGUGAACCUAUAAGUAACCUACCGGAAAUUGAUCUAUCAUCUGCUAAGCCACAUCAGCUAACCCGAUUCGGAGAAGUUCAGAAAAGUCUACAGUUAUUUUGGAAGCGUUGGAGAACUGAAUACCUGAAUAAUCUACAGCAAAGAACAAAGCGGGGUGCAAAAUCCAAAACUAAUCUCAAGCAAGGUGAUUUGUGUCUAAUAAAAGAAGACAAUUUGCCACCUUUAGAAUGGAUAACUGGUCGUGUUGUGCAAGUGUACCCAGGACCUGACGGUAACGUGAGAGUUGCUACACUUCGUACUGCAAAAGGGGAAGUAAAACGAGCGAUUUCAAAACUAUGCCCAUUUCCUACAAACGAGCUUUAAAAAUCAAUUUAUUCAUGUAACGGUUUGACAAAAAAUAAUAAACGAUGAAAUUGAUACAUCCAUAAAGAGAUAAUCUGAAACCAAUGAGAAAUUUACUUUCUAAUGUUCUUUUACAGUUCUGGAAUAGUGUUGGGAGGGGAGUAUGUAAGAUUCUGAUAAAUCCCAGUAGGCUGAGCUUCUUUCCAAGGAACCAUAGCAACCCACUACUACCCAUUUUCCCCUCAUUGUAACCAUAGCAAUCAUUUAGUUACCAUAGCUACCGCUAGCAAUCGUCGAAGUAGCCUGCGUGUGAAUCGCGGGAAAUGCGUUCUCUUUCUCUACGAACCAGCGACCGGAA